UCACCAUAAAUAACCGAUAUCCUCUUCACUCUUCAGAUCAACGUAAUCCAGCCUCCACCCACCUGAAUCCCAACAUUAAAUUUCAAGAAUCCGAUGUGGGCAUGAAGAAACCUUAGAACCCAUCGCUCUCCGCCUCUCUUUCUUCCUUAAAGUUCCUUCCUUUUUUUUUUUUUUUAUAUCUUCUCCGAAGUCUUUCUUAGAGCAUUUUGGGCAUUACAGUGUGGUGUGAGUAAGUGUAUACACAGAAACGGUAAUGGCGAAGAGGAGUGCGGAGGAGGAGGUGGAGGUGUGGGAUGAUGAUGUGAUUACAAUGACUUUGGAAGGGGAGAAGGUGAUAGUGAAGGAGAUGAUAAACAAGGAGGACGAGUCUGAGUCUGAGUCUCAUCCAUAUGCGUUUCAUGUAUCAGGGCCUCGCAAUGUUUCCUCACCCAAUUGGAGAGACCUCAUUAACUCCAGUUGGAAGGAUGCAAAUUAUAAAAGGACAGUAAUUGCUUGCUUUAUCCAAGCAAUUUACUUGCUUGAGUUAGACAGGCAAGAAAACAGGAAGGAAGAAAACGAACUUGCCCCGAAAUGGUGGAUACCCUUCAAGUACAGGCUGGUCGAGACGCUGAUAGAUGAAAGGGAUGGGUCGAUAUUUGGCGCGAUAUUGGAAUGGGAUCGAGCAGCAGCUCUGGGUGAUCUCGUGUUCAUAAGACCGAGUGGUGCACCGAGAGCUGUCUUGGCUCUACGAGGAACGCUUCUCAAAGGCCCCACGAUGAGAAGGGACAUUGAAGACGAUCUCCGUUUCCUAGCUUGGGAAAGCCUAAAGGGAUCUGUCAGGUUUAGCUGUGCUAUGCAGGCGCUCAAAUCGCUUAUUGGCAAAUUCGGGAGCAACAACGUGUGCAUUGCAGGUCACUCCCUCGGGGCCGGCUUUGCUCUACAAGUGGGAAAAGCGUUAGCCAAAGAAGGUAUAUACGUAGAGGCACAUCUCUUCAACCCACCCUCGGUUUCACUAGCCAUGAGUCUGAGGAACAUAGGAGAAAAGGCCGGUUUUGUUUGGAAGAGGUUCAAAUCAAUGCUCCCUUCGGGCUCUGAGGCUCAAACCAUCUCUGAAGAAAGUGCAACAAAGCCAUUCCAAUUUGGCAGCUUAAAGCAAUGGGUGCCACAUUUGUACAUCAACAAUAGCGACUACAUUUGUUGCUCAUACACCGAUCAAGAUGAAGCACAGAACAGAAACCAGGGUGAUAAAGAGAAUACAAAACCGUCGAAUGGGCAAGUUGCUGCUAAACUUUUCCUGUCAUCAAAGGGGAAGCAGAAGUUUCUCGAGGCGCAUGGAAUAGAGCAAUGGUGGUCCGACAACUUGGAGCUGCAAAUGGCUCUGAAUAGCAGCAGGCUGAUAAGCCAGCAGCUGAAAUCUUUGUAUAGCCUCCCCCCUACCUCAAGACAAACAGCGGCUAAACCCCCCAAGAGUUAGGAGUGGGUAAGAAUCCCAGCAAAUGACUCAUUUUCAAUCACAUUACUAUAGUGUUGUUCAUACUAAUUCUUGUUUCACCUUAUUGAUUGUUAAAUCAACUGAUUGCUGGUGCCUGCUGUCUCAUCAAUUUUUAAUGAAAUAUUUUUCCUUGUUAGUA